AUGGGAGACUUCGCAACCAUCGCUCAACAAUUUGUCGAGUUCUACUACAAGACCUUUGAUACCGACCGUACACAGUUGGCGGCCCUCUACAGGGACAAAUCGAUGCUCACCUUCGAGAAAGAACAGUUCAUGGGAACACAAAGCAUCCUAGAAAAACUAACGAACCUACCGUUCCAGAAAGUCCAGCACCGAGUUGAUACAACAGAUGCGCAACCGUUCAAUGAGCAGGGAGGUAUUCUGGUUUUGGUGACUGGCGCGUUGAUGGUUGACGACCAACAACACCCAAUGAGCUACGUCCAAACUUUCAGCUUGGUGCCGGAGAGUGGUAGCUACUUCGUCUUCAACGACGUCUUCAGAUUGGUGUAUGCUGCAAGCUGA